UAUAAAAUAUAUUGUGAAAGGUUGUUAAGAAAAGAUUUUAAUCGAUUGGAUUGCAAAUAUGUGUGGAGUAGUGAGUUAGACAUAAACGUGAUUAUGAGUGUAUUAUUGUGACAUCAGUGAUAUCAAACAAGCAUCUGAGAGAUUAGUGAUAUUGGUCUCCCGUGAGAUUAAUGCUUGUCUGGAGAUUAUUACGCCUGUAAAAUUUGAGUUACACUCGUGAUAUUGAUGUAACACCCGUGAGAAUACCACGACUGUGAGAUUAGUGUAACACCCGUGAUACAGGAUGCAGGACAAGAAGUUCGAGCCGUCGCCGCGGGAGACGUGGCGGAUCACGAAGAAUGUCGUGGUCAUCGGCCUGGCCUUCAUGAUGCAGUUCACAGCCUACUGUGGUGCAUCAAACCUGCAAAGCUCUAUCAACGCGGAGGACGGUCUGGGCACGGCGUCGCUGGCGGCCGUCUACGCCGGACUCAUAUUUUCCAACUUGUUCCUACCUGUCUUCGUCAUAAAAUGGAUCGGUCCAAAGUGGGCGAUAUCUCUCUCCUUCGUCACGUACAUGCCGUGGAUCGCGUCGCAGAUGUACCCAACGUUCUACACCAUGAUCCCCGCUGCUCUGAUACUGGGCCUCGGCGGUGGCCCGCUGUGGUGUUCCAAGUGCACGUACUUGGCUAUAGUGUCAGAGGCGUACAGUCAGAUAACCAAGAUCCCCGCCAGCGCGCUAUUAACGCGGUUCCUCGGAAUAUUCUUCAUGAUAUUCCAGCUGAACCAGAUUUGGGGCAACCUCAUUUCUUCCUUGGUGAUAACAUCAGGUGACAACGAAGCAGCGGUCACCCUGGUGAACGCGUCGCUGAUCCCCGAGAUAUGUGGCGCCAACUUCCUGCCCAGCGCCGACUCCAAAGAGGCCAUACAGCAUCAGCCCAUAGAGAAAAUUCAGAUGAUUUCUGGCAUUUAUCUGGCGUGCAUGGCCUGCGCUGCUCUAAUAGUUGCUGUUGGUGUGGAUUCUUUGAAACGAUAUGAGUCAGUCCGGGAGAAGUCUGGCGCAAAUGUCUCCGGGUUCGCGCUGAUGGCGGUGACGCUGCGGCUGCUGGGGGAGCCGCACCAGAUCAUGAUCGUCCUCAUCAACAUCUUCGUUGGUUACGAGCAGGCCUUCUUCGGUUCUGACUUCACUGCGGCUUUCGUAUCAUGUGCAGUGGGCACGGGAUCAGUUGGGUUCGUGAUGCUGGCGUUCGGCGUCGCUGAUGCACUCGGCUGUAUGCUGUCAGGCUAUUUAGCGAAGCUGACAGGCCGCGUGCCGCUAGUGACGAUCGGCGCGGUGGUACAGAGCAUGCUGUUCAUCACGCUCCUGACGUGGCGGCCGCAGGCGAACUCGCUCACUGUGCUGUACGCGGUGGCCGUGCUCUGGGGACUGUGCGACUCCAUAUGGAUGGUGCAGAUCAACGCAUUCUCCGGCUGCCUCUUUCCCGGCCGUGAGGAAGCCUCCUUCUCCAACUUCCGUCUCUGGGAGUCAGUGGGGUACAUCAUCGCCUACGUCAUCUCCCCCCACCUUCGAACCAGCACCAAAACAUAUCUUAUGUUUGGUGGCAUGAUCCUCGGCCUGGCUCUGUACUACGUGGUAGAAUACAGACAGAGCAGAGAGAAGAAGUUAAAAGAAGAAAAAGUAGAGAAGAUGCAGCCUGUGGGACAUGUUAAUACGGCGUUUCAGAUAGCUGAAUAAUUUGUGCCUAUUAUAAUAUAUACCAGGGCUCCCCAGACUGUGUAUCGCGACGCCCCAAGGCGUCGCGACACUGUCUCAGGGGCGUCGCAUGUCAACACAACCAAAUCGAGUAAGCGCCUCGCGCAUUAUGUCAAUCAUACAUCCCAGGAUUCCGGGGAUAAAUCCCCGGUUUCAG